AUGGAGGCUUUGUGGCCAAUGAGAGACCGGCUUCUACAGCUUCUGAAGUGCACGAAUGAAUAUAAAGGCGACAAAAGAUCUCACAAUCCAAUCACUUGGGUACCAUUUUCCCUUGAAGUGAGCCCCAAGAUGGAAAACGUCCUGCGGCUUCUUCUGUUCCUGUUGAUCUUCCCUCUGGCCCAUCCAGGUCCACUGAAGAGUUGGAUUAUUGGGGGUCAAGAAGCUGUACCCCAUUCCAGACCAUACAUGGUAGCCUUGAAGUCUGAAGAUGAUUUCAUAUGUGGAGGAUUUCUGGUGGCUCCGCAGUGGGUGAUGACAGCUGCUCACUGCAUGGACCAGUUUACUGUGGUUUUGGGAGCACACGAUCUUCAUGCCGUUGAAGAAACCCAGCAAGUGCUUGGCGUCGAAUCGUACCACAUGCAUCCCAACUACAAUGAAAUUUCAAUGACCCAUGAUAUCCUUUUGCUAAAGGUAAUUUAUCCCAGCGGCUGA